AUGCUGUCAUUUGAAAAUCAAAAGACAAUUCCGCCAAACCUCACAAGUGAAAAUAUCGACAUCAAAAUUUCCAUCACCAACAACUCAAUCAAAGAUGUGUUCAUCGAAAAGGCAAACCACGUGUAUGUCGAUUCACUAUUUGACAUUCAAAUACAUUGCGGUGUCGUUUCUUCUGUUGUAUCCAACAUGUCGAAUAUGGUGUACUGCGGUGUUUCUUUUGAUGAAAACGUCGCAUCUGUUGUUGAUAAACAGACAAAAGAGUCAAGUCAACCAACAACGUCUUUGAUACGUGUUUGUGGCAACGUCGGGUUUUGUGGAUAUUAUGUGGAAUUUGAUUUGGACAACUUUUACUAUUUGCAAAGAACGACUCAAAAUGUUGAAAAUGUUGUUGUCCAAAUGAAGAAACAAAAAGUUCUCGAUUUUGGACGACUUCCAUGGAAAAGAAUUCAAAUUGAGAACGAGAACAAAGGGACUUAUGUUGCGGACAAACUGAUUUUAAAUAAAAACACCGUGUACGUCAAAUUGAAUGGAAUCAAAUUCAAAACAAUCGAAUCAAAUAGAACAACUCAAAUAGAACAAAAAGUCACACAAAAAGUUGCUGUACAAAACACGAUGUUUGUCAACACCAAAAAGACGAGUGUGAGCUGGAAGAAAUGUAAGACAAUAAAAUGUGGCGAGAAGGUCGAGAAACUGGUUGUCAAGUCGUGUGAGUUGUUGGAGGAAAUUGUGCUUGGAGAAAACACACAACGUGUGCAUUUACAGUCGUGUAAAAAGCUCAAAAGAAUUGUUGGUAAAAUACGAGGAGACCAAAUCGUAGUUAAGGACUGCCCAUUCUUGUUGUCAAAUACAAAACAUGACAAAAGAAAUUAA